AUGACUCAAAAAACUUCAGCAGAUUUACAAAAAUCUCCUCCUCCUGAAUACGUUCCUGCUGAGCCUCACAUGGCUGACAGAGAACAAGGAUUUCCUGAGGAGCAAGUUGGCGGGGGAAGGUGUCAGCUGACUCCCGUCAUUGAAACUCUAACAAAACUCCAGACCCACAUCAAGGCUACCAACUGCGAUGGAGGCUUGGUCAAGGAGGCAUCAAUCAUCCCUUCCCACUCACACGAGCCUCCACAUGAGCCUCCACAGCUGAACUUAUUCGCUACACCUGCCUUUGUGCAGGAGGAGUACAACUUCUGUGGUAUUGACUUCAGUGUUUUGGAUGGGAAUGUUGAUGGGGAUCCCAUAGCUGGACCGUCAACAAUGCUGCCUGCAGUCCCUCACACACAGAUCAUCCCUCCAAUGCCCACUGUUGGGGACUGGGAUAUGCCUCAUCCUGAAUUCAUUCCCACAGACUUAGAUUUUGGGUCCAACAUGGCCAUAGACAUGGAUGAUCAAGGUGAUAUCCCUACAGUGAAAGGUCAAAGGCAGGGGGCGGCAAAUGCCUUACUCCAAGAGGGCUUCAUGAGGCUCAAAACUGUUAUUCACGAGGUCAGCUGCAACACCUCUAUUCCCACACAUCAAGUCAUUGCUUUAUGGCACAAGAGCAAUGGGUGUUCUUUCAACAAUGUCAACCACUGGAAUGCUUACAGCAGCUACUUCAAGGCAAAUCCCCAGCAGGAGCUGAAAAGACUUGGCAACAAGGCUCCCAAGGCUCCUGGGACACCAAGUGCAAUCAUGCAUCACAAUUGUUACGAGCUUUUCAAAAACGAAUAUCCAGACUCCUGGCAAACGAUCCUUGAGUAUCAUGAGGAGGCCACAGUCCUCAUGGGUGCGCCUCAGACAGUUGCCAUGCAGGCCCAGGAGUUUCAUAAGUUUGGCAAGAAGGUCUCAGCUAUGAUGGAUAUCACUGCUGCUCAUUUUGGGUUUGAGGGUGCACUGGUAACAUGUGGAAAGGUUGUCAAUCAGGAUGGUUCUCUGAGUCUGGCCCAUACAAUGCCUGGAGCUGCAGGGUUUUGGCUGAUGCACUGUAAAGCCAAUGAUGAUACCAUCAUUGGCCAUCUCAAAGCCCAAGUAUAUAAUCUAACAUCUCUGGGUGUCGUUGAUGAGGCCUUCAAGGAUGAAGCUGAGAUCGUCCAAUGCAACCAGUCCGAAGCACCAAUAAUCAAAGAGACGACAAAAGAGUGCCUGGAUAUUUCAAAGAACGGAAUCCUGUGGAUCAAGCAAGAGUUAGGUCAACAAAUUGAGAAACUUGGCAGCAAACUAUCAUCCAAGAGGAACUUUCCAUGGAAGACUCUUCCUGCAGAGCUCAUCCGUCUUGGGAUGAUCAUCAGAGGAUAUCCAGAGGAUGUGUUGCUCCCUGGCAAUUUUCAUACAACCUCAAACAAAGGAAUCACAAAUUUGACUCUGAAGGAGACUGGGAUUUUGAUCAUGGCCUUGAAGGCAGGCUUGAUGCAGGUCAAAAAGGUUUCCAAGGCUAUGCAAGCUAAACUCCUCACCUCCAAGAUGCCAGUACUAGAAGGAGCACCUCCCACAGAAGAUUGCACUCAUAGAGGAGGGCGACAUCUUUUUGCAAAUGGCCAAUCAGACCGCCUGGGACUUCCCCAUGCAAAGCCAAGUGCGGCUGCUACCAGAAUGAAAAAGGUGCCAAUGAAAUCACACAAAUCUCCCAUAAUUCUCUCUGAUGACAACAACUCUGAUAAUGACAGUUCUGUUCAACCCAUUCUUAAACCUCCCCCAUCAUGCGAAUUCAAGGUGGUGAGGCUCCCAAAGAGCCAGAAGAAGGUCAAGAAGGACAAGAAGAACAUCAUCAAGAAGAUCGUCAAGAAGGAAGUCAUUUCGCUUGUGUCUAGUGAGGUCAGCAAUGCUCACUCUGGCUCUGAGAAGCCUGAAGAUGACAACAAAGCCAAGAAGACCACUUUGCAAGCAUCAAAGAAAAGGGUUUCACCUGCUGAGCCUCCUUUGCUGAAGGCAGGAAAUCUGAAGAGCAUGAAGGGGAAAGGCAAAGCAUGUGCUGAGAAGAGUAAACAACCUUCCACUGUCGAGUCCUCAGAUGAUGAGGAGGCUCCCAAUGUAAUCGCACGAGCGAUAGAACAACCUUCUAAAUGCCUGCACGAUGGCCCCAAAGUUCAAGAGGUCCCAAAGGCCAGUGUGGUACCAAAUGAUGCUGAGGGCACUACCAGAGGCUCUGAAGAGGCACCCAUAAGCACUGAGCCUGUUGCUGUGGCAGGUCAUGUUGAUAGUGAACUGAAUGAUGCUGAUGGCACUGCCAGAGGCUCUGCAGAGGCUCUCACGAGCACUGAGCCUGCUGCUACUGCUGGUCAUGCCAAUAGUGUGCCCACACGCCCAUUGCCACCCUUGUCCCCCUCACAAAUUCAUCAGCAAGUACCUUCCCUCCCAGAAAAUUACAUUCAGACCAAGCCAGCUACUCAUGUGGUGGCAAGCAACACUUUGCACACAGACCCCGUCUGUGCAGAUCCUACAACUUGCACAGCAAGCCAGGACAACACCAUGCAUACAGACCCCAUUCAUUCAGACCAUCUUCCAUCUCUGCAGCCUGACCUCACACCAAUGUUGGCAUCUAAUCAUGGGCACAGUAAACCUGCUAUGGAAAUCUCACAUGAUCAAGAGGCUUCACUUAGUACCCCCAGUCUGACUAUUACCAUGAUCCUCAUGCUAUGCACCACGCUCCACAACUUCCUCAUGGCCCUCAGCCUUGUCCUCAUCAGCAUCAGCCCACUCAUGGCCUGCCUCAUCAACCCUCUCAUGGCCCUCAACCUCAGUAUCACAAUGGCAGGUAUCAUGAUGCUCCAUACCAUGACUCUCAAGAUGGAUAUGAUGGAUGUCAACAGUUAUUGGCACCCUCCAAGCAGUGCAUAUUUCGGUCCAGGAGGGAGAUAUCAGCAUGGAUAUGAGCGUGAGUAUCCCAACAAGUAUCCUGAAGACCUGGAGGAUGGAGGACGAGCUCCUUAG